GUUAGUGGAUUGAAGAAGAAAAUGUCGCCUCCUAAACGUCAAAAAACUAGUGAUAUUUGGAACUUUUUUACACCUGAUGUUGAUCACUAUGCCAAGUGCAAUAUAUGUAAGAAAAUAAUCUCUUACAAACCAACAAAUUCUAACAUGAGGAAGCACAUAAAAACUAAUCAUCCUCCUGUUGCUAACCUGACUAGUCAAACUAAUUACUCCUCCAACAAAACUGUAGAUGCCAAUGGACAUAACAGCGCAAUUAAUGAGCCUUCAAUUCCUUCUACUUCCACUUCCAAUGAUAACCUUAUUACUUGCGUAGACGUAGAAGUUCAAGCUCGUCAGCCGUCAAUUUCGAAGCCAAAACAACAAAAAAUUUCAUCAUUUAUACCAAGGAAAUUGGGAGUCUCGGCCAAUAAAAUAAUAACAGAUAAAUUAUUAAAAAUGUUUACUCAAGACUAUCAACCUUUUAGCAUGGUACAAGAUAGAGGGUUUAAUGAUUUUGUUAAGACUUUGAACCCUUCUUACGACAUUCCUAACAGGUAUACAAUUUCAAAAUCAUUAAUUCCAGCGAGAUACGAAGAAGUUCUUUUAAAAUGUAGAUCUUUGUUAGCAAACGCAAGAAAAGGCUGUAUCACCACAGAUUGUUGGACAUCUAUAAACACGGAGAGCUUUAUAGGUGUUACUGCUCAUUUUAUCGACGAACAUUUUAAAAUUAAGUCUAUAUUACUUGCAUGUCAAUUAUUAUCUGAUCGACAUACAAGCCUAAAUUUAGCAGAGACUUUAAGAGAAAUCGCCAUAGAUUGGAAUAUUCAGAACAAAAUUAUUCUAGCAGUUUCUGAUAACGCAGCCAACAUUAAAAGUGCCAUCACAAAGGAACUUGGCUGGAAAUUUUUUGGGUGCUUUGCACACUCAUUAAAUUUAGUGGUGACAGAUGGAUUAAAUGUUAACUCCGAAAUAAUUUCAUUAAUUUCAAAAAUAAAAGUCAUUGUGGGUCACUUUAAAAGAAGUGCUCUUUCGAAUGAAAAACUAAGAGCACUUCAGAAAAAAUCCGGAAAAGAACCAUUGAAGCUUAUCCAAGAUGUUGCUACAAGGUGGAAUUCCACUUUUUAUAUGUUAAAGAGGUUUGUUGAGUUGGAAGAAUAUAUUAGAAGUACUAUCGCAGUGAUAGAUAAAGAUCUACCAAUCUUAACACAAGAAGAGUGGAAGAUAUGUCAUCAGUUAUGUAAAGUAUUGAAGCCAUUUGAAGAAGUCACAAAAACUAUUAGUGGAGAAAAAUAUGCAACCUGCUCUUUAGUAAUACCUUUAAGUAAUGGUCUAAAAGCAGUAUGCCAGAAUUUCAUAAAUAGAGAAUUAAAUGAAAAUGUAAAAGUAGUUGUUGAGAAAUUAAACUCAAGUCUCAUAGAAAGAUUUAAAAACGUUGAGCAUAGUAAUACACUUGCAUUGUGUACAUUUUUAGAUCCAAGAUUUAAAAUGAUACCAUUUUCUGAAGAGUUUCUAAAAGUUAAUUUGAAAAAAAGAGUAAUAGGAAUGGUGACAUCAAUACUUUUAGGAAGGCAAUCAGCUAAAGAAACUGCGACCACCGCUGAGAAGGAAACAGAACUAAAUGUAAAUAUUAGUGAAUCUGAUUCUGAUGAAGAACUGUCCAUAUGGGGAGCUUUUCAAAAAACUGUUUUCUCUAAUGCACAACCUAAAUCAACAGCGAAUUCUCAAGCAAUAGUUGAAGUGCAAAGGUACUUAGAAUGUGAUUUAGUGCCGCGAUCGAAAAAUCCGUGUGAAUGGUGGAGUGAAAAUAGAUAUUACUAUCCACUCUUAAGUGAAAUUUUUCAAGAUACAUUUUGUGCCAUCGCUACUUCAGUUCCUUGCGAAAGGCUUUUCUCCAAGGCUGGACAAAUAAUUACGGAACGCCGAAACCGCAUUAAUUCAAAUAAGGCAAGCAUGCUAAUCUUUUUAAAUUGCAAUGAAGAUCUCUAA